CAUUUCUUGCACAUUGGGAUAUGGAGUUGGGUGAUCGGCACGGGUCGGAAUCUCUUUUUGAUGUUCUCUUCCCUGACCCCCGUCAGAGGAAGAGGGAAAGUGAGAGAGUGAGAGAAGCCUUCGCCUGUCUGGAUUUGCGUAUCUGGCUUAUGACAGUAUAUUUGUGGCUGCAGUUUAUGGGAAUAGAGAGUGGGCAACACACAAAUACAGUAGAUGCAUGAAAUCAAAACAUUGUAUGCUAAAAUGAAGCAAGCUCAGUUAUGUGAGUGAGCAAAGUCUGAUUUGAAGAAUUUUGCGGAUCUGGUGUUUCUGGUUAUAUAUUUUUAUCUCUAGGUGUUAUAAUCACUUCAUUCGUGGAAAAUUACCCAUCGCAAUUUCAAAUGAACAGAGAGUUAAUGGGUAGUACUUCUGUCCCAAAGCAUACCCCUUAUGCUUCUAAUAGUGAGUUUGUGGGACCUUUAUUCUCGUCAGCAUCUGGUUUAUCGACAAAUCUUCAUUACUCUUCCAUUUCCCCUCAAGGUAGACAUCCUAAUGGUGCCCCAUUUAUUUCUCAAUCCCAAAGCUUUGGAAUUCCCUCAUCUUUACUCCAGUCUUCACAUUCAAAAUCAUUUCAAGCUUCAACAAGCAAUUAUCCUAUGGAGACUAGUGGAAUAUCUCUGCAUACUGAGUUUGUCCAUAAUGCUCUUACAUAUUCUGAUAACUUGAGUGGGGGGAUCAAUAAUCAAAUCCAGGAAGGCACGAUCAACGAUCAAAUCGAGGACUUAGUCAUAAAUGAUCAAAUCCAUAGUAGUACUAUUGCGGCUUCUGAUGACCUAACUAAACAAAAUGAUUGGUGGGAAUUGAAUAGCGAUGAUUGGAAGGAUCUUCUUAAUGACCCAGUUGUAACUGAAGCUGAACAGAAGGCUGUGUGCCAAUCAAACCAAGAAGCAUCUUUGACCAUGUCAGCGGACCAAACUCAUGUCUGUCCACAGUUGCCGUUGCAGUCCGGGGAGUUGUGCAUCGUCACUAGUCCAUUGUCUUCAACCAGUGCUCUUCCUAGACCACGCAUGCGGUGGACCCCUGAACUCCAUGAAAGCUUUGUAGAUGCUGUCAAUCAGCUUGGUGGAAGUGAAAAGGCCACUCCUAAAGGUGUGCUUAAGUUGAUGAAAGUGGAAGGCUUGACCAUAUAUCAUGUGAAAAGCCACCUCCAGAAGUAUAGAACAGCUCGGUAUCAGCCAGAAUGGGCAGAUGGAACCUCAGAAAAGAAGGCAUCUUCACUUGAUAAAUUGGCCUCACUGGAUCUGAAAACGGGAAUGGAGCUUACUGAAGCACUGCGGUUGCAGAUAGAGGUUCAGAAACGGCUUCAUGAACAACUAGAGGUUCAGAGGAACUUACAGCUACGAAUUGAAGAACAGGGAAGGUAUCUUCAGAUGAUGUUUGAGCAACAAUGCAAAGCUGGAAUGGAUAGGUUCAGGCCACCAUCUGCUCCUGAAGAACAAGCAACACAAUCUUCAUCCACGACAACAGUCUCGCCCACUCGAAAUAAUGCCUCUGAGAAAGCUUUGGAUGAACAGGAAAGCGAAAAGCCAAGACUCGUCGGCGGCAAACAAAAGCCGCCGGAUCCUGCCGCCUUUCUUGGCUCCGAAUCUCCACACGGCAAGCGUGUGAAAGGCGAUCAAAAUGCCUCGUCGGAAUGAUCAAAAUUAGACUAUUUUGCUCUGGGGACAACAGAAUGAUUGAUCAGAAUGAGGUUUCUAAAACUUCUUGUGGUGGAAGUCCUCUUCUUGUUCUAGUAAAAUAAAAGUGCUCUGUUUUUUUUCUUAAAUUUUUUUAUAACAUUUUCUGAAUGCAUUGAACAUUUUGUUUUGUUGUGGAGGUUGUUUAUGGUUUAUAUCUAGUGAUUGUGUAUUUGUGUAAAGUUUUGUUUUUGUAAAACUGAACAAUAUAAAUAAAUAUUUGCAGUUAAGUUAUAGUUCA